GCGCGGCGGCGGCCGCGGCGGCCGCGGCGGCGGCGGCGGCGCGCGCAGGGCCUGACGGGAGCCACGUCUGUCCCGGUCGGGGACUGAGCCGCUAUUGGCGUCCGGGCCGCGAUCCGGGGGCUGCUGGGAAGAUGGCGGACUCGGUGGCCCGCCGAUGAGGAAGCCGCGGAGGGAGCCCGGCUCCCGGGCCCCGAGACCGACUGAGGGAGCGACCUGCGCGGGGCCUGGGGAGUCAUGGUCUCCAACACCAAACUCCAUGCUUCGAGUCCUGCUCUCUGCCCAGGCCUCUGCUGCUCGGCUCUCUGGCCUGCUGCUGCUCCCGCCAGUACAGCCCUGUUGUCUGGGGCCCGGCAAGUGGGGGGACUGGCCUCCUGGAGGAGGCCUCCAUGCAGGCCCCGUGCAGGGGCUACAGCGGCUUCUGGAACAGGCGAGGAGCCCGGGGGAGCUGCUGCGCUGGCUGGGCCAGAACCCCACCAAGGUGCGCGCCCAUCACUACCCCGUGGCACUUCGUCGUCUGGGCCAGCUCUUGGGGUCUCAGCCACGGCCCCCUCCUGUGGAGCAGGCCACACUACAGGACUUGAGUCAGCUCAUCAUCCGAAACUGCCCCUCCUUUGAUAUUCACACCAUCCACGUGUGUCUGCACCUUGCAGUCUUACUUGGCUUCCCAUCAGAUGGGCCCUUGAUGUGUGCUCUGGAGCAGGAGAGAAGGUUCCGCCUCCCUCCGAAGCCACCUCCCUCUCUGCAACCUGUCCUUCGCGGUGGGCAAAGAUUGGAAGCUACUCUGAGCUGCCCUCGUUUCCUGAGGCAUCCACGGCAGCAUCUCAUCCGCAGCCUGGCAGAGGCCAGGCCGGAGGAACUGACACCCCACGUGAUGGUGCUCCUGGCCCAGCACCUGGCCCGGCACCGGUUGCGGGAGCCCCAGCUUCUGGAAGCCAUUGCCCAUUUCCUGGUGGUCCAGGAAAUGCAGCUCAGCAGCAAGGUGGUACAGAAGUUGGUCCUGCCCUUUGGGCGGCUGAACUACUUGCCCCUGGAACAGCAGUUUAUGCCCUGCCUGGAGAGGAUCCUGGCUCGGGAAGCAGGGGUGGCUCCCCUGGCUACUGUCAACAUCUUGAUGUCACUGUGCCAGCUGCGGUGCCUGCCCUUCAGGGCCCUGCACUUUGUCUUUUCCCCAGGAUUCAUCAACCACAUCAGUGGCACCCCUCACGCCCUGAUUGUGCGGCGCUACCUCUCCCUGCUGGACGCAGCCGUGGAGCUGGAACUUCCAGGAUACCGGGGUCCCCGCCUUCCCCGAAGGCAGCAAGUGCCCAUCUUCCCCCAGCCACUCAUCACUGACCGUGCCCGCUGCAAGUACAGUCACAAGGAUAUAGUGGCGGAGGGGCUGCGCCAGCUGCUGGGGGAAGAGAAGUACCGGCAGGACCUGACCGUGCCUCCAGGCUACUGCACAGGUGAACCCCGGGUGGGGUGGCCCAGCCCGCAGGGAUACAGAGCCGUGGCUGGAAGCCAGCGGCCCUUUCUCUUCCUCCCUCCAGACUUCCUGUUGUGUGUCAGCAGCUCUGGUGCCGUGCUGCCCGUGAGGACCCAGGACCCCUUCCUACCAUACCCUCCCAGGUCCUGUCCCCAGGGCCAGGCUGCCUCUCAGCCCACGACCCACGACCCGGCCCAAAGGGUGGUGCUGAUGCUGCGGGAGCGCUGGCAUUUCUGCCGCGACGGCCGAGUGCUGCUGGGCUCGCGGGCCCUACGGGAGCGGCACCUGGGCCUGAUGGGCUACCAGCUCCUGCCGCUGCCCUUCGAGGAACUGGAGUCACAGAGAGGCCUACCCCAGCUCAAGAGCUACCUGAGGCAGAAGCUCCAGGCCUUGGGCCUCCGCUGGGGGCCUGAAGGGGGAUUCGGGUGAGCACCACCAUGCGGAGCGGCACUGUGAGGAUGAGGAUGAAGGGGAAGGCCAGGGAGGCGGCUGUGGACAUGACCGCCCAGAGCAAGGCCAAGCAGAG